GCCUCCUUUGCUUUCCUAACAACCAAAUCGAACUGAACAGCGACAGCCCGGACCCGUUCACCGGAGGGCAGUGGAUAAAUGUACAGAUGAUAGAUUAUUCAGGCUCAUCGUGGCUGUUUUACACGAACUGAUAAGAUGUGCAAUAUGGGCAUUUAAAGUUUUUAUUUUAUGUCAUUGUUUAUUUACUUGAGUUUUUGUAAGUUUUUGAAAGUUUAGUGGGCUAACGCUUUUAUAAAGAUCCGUGUUUUUGUUGUUGUAUAAUGGUAUUAUCGGGUUACCGGGGUAUAGUAUUGAUACAAUAUUACCACUACAUGGCCGGACCGUUUUGAUACUGUAGCUAGUUAUUGUAGCUCAAUGAUAACAUAGUUAAGUGACUGUAAAAUCAGUGUCCAAUGUUUUUCUAUCUGUAAGGGACGAGGUUGCUAGCUAGCUUUGCCAACAGUGUUAUUGUUAAACCUCUCGCUGGCUGCACGUUUAGCAAACAAUAAAACACAUGCAGGAGCACUGAUUUUAUACUACGAGAGACGACUUUUUUUUUUAAAGGAAUAUGGAAACCACUGUUGAUGUAAACCACAUUUUCCCUGAAAGGAUUACAGUUUUGGAUCAAAACCUGAUUGCAUUUACAAAAUCGCUGGGAAGGUCAGAUCCUCAAUCUCUAAUUGCAGCAGUAAUUGAUGAACUUGGAAGAGCCUCAGCCAAGGCCCAAUACUUGACAGCACCAAUCACAAGUGCAUCAAAGCUGCAGACCAACAAGCACCAUCUCUACCUGCUGAAAGACCGAGAAAGCAACGGAGGAAAGGGACUGGCAGUGGGUUUUCUAAAGGUUGGCUGUAAGAAGUUAUUUCUGCUUGACCAGCGCGGGGCGCAUGUCGAGACGGAGCCUCUGUGUGUCUUGGAUUUCUUCGUGACAGAGCACCUUCAGAGGCACGGCUACGGACUGGAGCUGUUUAGCUUCAUGCUGCAGCACAAAAAGGUAGAGCCAGUGAUGAUGGCUUACGACAGGCCCUCCCCUAAGUUCCUCUCUUUCCUGGAGAAGCAUUACAGUCUGAAAAACGGUGUACCUCAGGUCAAUAACUUUGUGGUGUUUGAUGGUUUCUUCACCAACAGAUCAGCGGCCCAGUUGAGAAAGGUUCCCCCCAAAAAGCUGGACGGAGAGAUCAAGCCCUACUCACUAACACAGAGAAGGGCUGUGCGAGAGGAGCAGAGGGCUCUCUCCUGGCCUUUGCGUUGCCCCGCGGCUCCUCCCUUCUCUCCUCCGUUGUCGGUAUCCUCCCCGUGCUCCCCAAGCAGGGCCCACCAGUGCCCCAACCCGGCCCUGGCCCCAGCAUCUGCCCCUGGGGGCUACAGGGGCCCGGCCCCCAACCCCCCACUGAUCGGCAACCUCAACUACAGGGUAAAACGCACCAGGUAUGGUAUUCCUGAAAAACUGUCAAAACUAAAUGCCCAGGUUUUACAGGAGGGAUCUCAGAUGGAGUGAUCCCUGACUCCCAGAAUCAGGAGGGAUCUCAGAUGGACUGAUCCCUGACUCCCAGAAUCAGAAGGGAUCUCAGAUGGACUGAUCCCUGACUACCAGAAUCAGAAGGGAUCUCAGAUGGAGUGAUCCCCGACUCCCAGAAUCAGGAGGGAUCUCAGAUGGAGUGAUCCCCGACUCCCAGAAUCAGGAGGGAUCUCAGAUGGAGUGAUCCCCGACUCCCAGAAUCAGGAGGGAUCUCAGAUGGAGUGAUCCCCGACUCCCAGAAUCAGGAGGGAUCUCAGAUGGAGUGAUCCCCGACUCCCAGAAUCAGGAGGGAUCUCAGAUGGAGUGAUCCCCGACUCCCAGAAUCAGGAGGGAUCUCAGAUGGAGUGAUCCCUGACUCCCAGAAUCAAGAGGGAUCUCGGAUGGACUGAUCCCUGACUCCCAGAAUCAGAAGGGAUCUCUGAUGGACUGAUCCCCGACUCCCAGAAUCAAGGAGGGAUCUCUGAUGGACUGAUCCCUGACUCCCAGAAUCAGGAGGGAUCUCAGAUGGAGUGAUCCCCGACUCCCAGAAUCAGGAGGGAUCUCAGAUGGAGUGAUCCCCGACUCCCAGAAUCAGGAGGGAUCUCAGAUGGAGUGAUCCCCGACUCCCAGAAUCAGGAGGGAUCUCAGAUGGAGUGAUCCCUGACUCCCAGAAUCAGGAGGGAUCUCAGAUGGAGUGAUCCCUGACUCCCAGAAUCAGGAGGGACUAAGUCAUUUUGGAGGUUGUCAGCAUUUUUUUUACCCUAGGUACUACUACAACUUCACUCCACGCAAACUAUCUAAAC